AUGAUGAAGUGCCGUCUGCUAUGCGUCCUGCUGGUGCUCGCCGUGUGCUGCUGCCCGUCCGUAUGUGUGACAGCGAGUGGUAAGAACGCUUCUACCACCACCACGACUACAACGACCACCACGACUACUACUACUACUACGACGACAACAACAACAACAACAACAACAACAACAACUACGACCACGACGACCACUACACAAGCACCAACUACGACCACGACUACCACGGAGGCGCCAAGCAUUACGACUACAGAGGCGCCAACUACGAGGACCACCCGCGCACCGUCACGUCUUCGCAAAAUUGACGGCAGUCCCAGCAGCCCUGCGUGGGUUUAUGCCCCGCUGGUGCUUGCUGUGUCCGUGCUGGCUUACAGCAGUCUGUGCUGA